UCCGGAUUCACUUUCACUUUGACGAAAAACAUCAACAACAUUUUCAUAACUUUUGCACGACAUGGUAACCUCAUUCAAGUUUAUUUUACCCGAAUUUACUAUUUUUGUGUUGAGUAACUACAAUAAUGGGGAAAGAUGUAACAGAAAAAUUGAAAAAAUACAUUAAAGAAGAUCGACCUGGCAAAUUCAAGUCAUAUGUGAGGAAACACAGAGUAGAUGUUUGUGAAAUACGUCUUGAUAAAGAUCAGUCUUUGUUGCAUUACAGCUGUAAAUAUGGACAGGACGUGAUAUUCAGAUACUUAAUUACAAAGGACAUAGAUGUGACACUACAGGACAGUAAUGGAAAUACAGCUUUACACCUAGGAUUAAAAUGUGCUUUGAAAUCAACAGCAAAUACAGUGUAUACCUCUAUUAUUUUACCUCUGAUUGAGAAAUGUCCAAGUUUAUUGGAAGUAGAAAAUCAAGAUGGGAUAUCAUGUAGAUCUUUGUUGGACAAUCUUGUAAAGAAAAAGCAGCAUCACGAACAAGAAGAUCAGCCAUCAUUUUACAAAUCAGAGGAAGAGGAUGAAACUGACAACUGGCAAGAUAAACUAGCAGACGAACUAAGAAAUGAACAUGAUGACUUUUCAGGCAGAUAUCACAGUGAUAAAGAUGAAGAUUCUUAUGCAGAGGGUUAUGAUGAUUGGGCAGACAGACUAAGGCAUGAAUAUCACAUGAAGCAUAGAUAUGGUGGACAUCAGCCUAAAAAACAAAGGGAGACAACUUCAUCCAGUCAAUCCAAAGAACAAAAAGACAGUAAAGAAAAGCUUGAAGAUAUUAGAAAGAAAAUGAGAGAAAAAUAUGAAGAAAAUCAGAAAAGAGAUAGAGAGAACAGAUUAUUACUUAAAAGUAAAAACUACCUGAAAAAUAUCACUUCUAUAGAACUGAUGUCUAAUGAAGGUGAAAUAAAAUUUAAUGAUGUGCCCUGGCCUUUCAACAGUGAUGUUAAAGAGAUAAAAAAUGUCAUGUUUCAGUCUGUGCUAUCGGCUGGUGAUAAAUAUAAGAAGCGUUUACGUGAGGAACAGGUUCGAUGGCAUCCAGAUAAAUUUCUACAGAAACAUGGUAAAAAAUUACAUGAAAAAGACAAAAAUAAAAUCAUGGAAAGAGUGAAGGAAAUAUCCCAGGAACUUAAUAGACUAAUUGCUUUAUUUUGAUUUAAGAUGGUGGAAAUCUAUAGACAAGAAGUAAAUUGAUACCUGAUGUUUUCCAAGUGAGAGGGCAGAACUAUUGUUUUACUUUUUACCUUAAGCUCAAUUUUGUAAAAUUUUUGUUUGAAAACUUUAGAUAUUAUAUUGUGACCAUUAAAAUGAUUUAAAAUCUACUAAUCUGUACAGUGAAAUUGCAAGUCAGGACAGAGCAUAAAAUCACAUUGAAAGUUUAGCAAUUAUCUAGUUUAAACAUCAAUGUUUUUAAGUAUUUGGAAACAUGUGAUAGUUAACCCACAACAUUUUUUGAAAGUUGAUGUUAAAAUAAAACAUUUUGUUGAAUGAAAUUACCUAUGGGUUGUGUUAAGAAAAAUUAAUUGAACAUAGCAAAGUUAAAGAUUACCAGUGUUUUUUUUAUUAAAAUAAUAGAAUUUGAUCAUACUUUUCUAAAAUUUAGUAUAUAUAUUGUGAUCUGUAAUGAAAUAUAAUAAAUUGAUAGGUCACGACUGAAAAGUUUACAACUAUAAGCCUCUCUAUGGCCUCCAACAAUGAGAAAAGUCUGUACCACAUAGUAAAAAAAUGUAGCUGAAAAAGGCCUGAAAUGAAAACAACUUAAACAAGAAAAUGUUAAUUUCUAUUGAUGCAUAUUCAUAUUGGUUUUGUCGAGCCUGUGACUUGUGUUGCAGAGGCAAAACAUGCGAUCCUACAUUCACUCCACAAAUAUUCCCUCUGUAUUUAAAGUUUUUGAAAUUUUAAUAACUUUCUUCAACUUUCUUGAUUUCUACCAAACUUGGAUAGAAGCUUGUUUAUGAUCAUAAGAUACUAUCCAGGAGUUAACUUUGUAAAAAAAAUCCUUUUUAUAUAAAUCUGUAUUUUAAUUAUAAACAUGAUAAAUGGACUUAGUUUUUCUUCCAGUUAACAUAACAUUAAACCUGCGUUUGAAGUUUUAAAUUUUUUAAACGCACAUCAAAAGUAGGUUAGACACAUGUAUAAAUGUCCUGCUGAAAGAUAAUCAAACAAUAAUCAAUCAAUCAAUAGUGUUUAGGAUGCACAGAUUGUAUUAAAAAGAGGGCUGCUAGAUUAAUACUAGAAAUAGACCCAUUCGCUCUUUCUGCACCCUUAUUCAAACACUAAAACUGGAUGACAGUUGAACAGAGAAUAAAAUAUCAUAAGUUAGUGAUGACAUUUAAGUGCAUUAAAAAUGAUGCCGCAUCUUAUCUUACUAACAAGUUUCAUUAUGUUUCAGACAGAAAUCCAUACCCCUUGAGAAAUGUUGUUCAAGGAAACCUCAUACUUCCUAAACCAAAAACAGAAUUAUUCAAAAAAUCUUUUAUGUAUUCUGGACCAUUCUUGUGGAAUAAUUUGCCAAUACCGUUAAGAAGUAUUACAAAUAUUAAUUCUUUCAAAUACAAAAUAACAGAUCAUUUAUUGAAAUCAACCUAGCUGUAUAAAUAAUAUUAAAAACUGAUCAUGUGUUAUCAAGUUGUAUUGAACAUUAUUAUCAUACUUGACUUUUUAUACUAUAAUGUAUGCAAUGUAUAUGUUUGCAUUUUGUUUGAAUUUUUUUUUCAUUAUGAGGGCCUCAGGGAAGAUUAGUUAUAUCACUAAAUGUGUAACCCUCUUAAAAUAAAGUU